AUACAUCGAGCUGAGUAACGGCCUGCGAGCGCUCCUCAUCUCCGACUUCAGCGGGGCGGACGGGAAGGCGGAGGGCGAGGACGGAGAGGACAAGGGAGCGUCGGAGGAGCGGGAGGAAGAGCAGCAAGGCGAGGAAGAAGGUGACUCGGGUGAGGGGUCGGAGGAGGACGAGGAGGAAGACGAAGAGGAAGAGCAGGACAGCGACUUUGAUGAGCUGGACGAGGAUAACGCGGGGAAGAAGAAGAGAGGGAGCUCAGAGAAGCAGGCGGCAGCUGCUCUGUGCAUCAGUGUCGGGAGCUUCAGCGACCCAGACGACCUGCCCGGCCUCGCCCACUUCCUGGAGCACAUGGUGUUCAUGGGCAGUGAGAAAUACCCGGCGGAGAACGGCUUCGACGCCUUCCUGAAGAAACAUGGCGGAAGUGACAACGCCUCCACCGACUGCGAGAGGACCAUCUUCCAGUUCGACGUUCAGAGGAAAUAUUUCAGAGAGGCGCUCGACAGGUGGGCUCAGUUCUUCAUCUGUCCUCUGAUGAUAGAGGACGCCAUCGACAGGGAGGUGGAGGCUGUGGACAGCGAGUACCAGUUAGCGAGGCCGUCUGACUCACACCGGAAGGAGAUGCUGUUUGGGAGUCUGGCUAAACCAGGACACCCUAUGAGCAAAUUCUGCUGGGGUAACGCUCAGACACUAAAGCACGAGCCCAGAGAGAAACAGAUCAACACCUACCAGCGGCUCAGACACUUCUGGAGGAGAUAUUACUCCGCUCAUUACAUGACGCUCGCCGUUCAGUCCAAAGAGACUCUGGACACUCUGGAGCAGUGGGUGAGAGAGAUCUUCAUCAAAGUCCCCAACAACGGUGAACCUCGAGUCGACUUCUCCGACCUCCAGCAGCCGUUUGACACACCGGCCUUCAACAAACUCUACAGAGUGGUUCCUGUGAGGAAGGUUCACGCUCUGACCAUCAGCUGGGCUGUACCGCCGCAGGGGAAACACUACAGCCUAUAUUCGUUUCAACCUGAUCUCUCCAAUGAUUCAGAAGAGUCCUGAGAAUCUGGUGCUGUUCGACAUCUUUGUGAACAUCUUGGCUCACAACCUGGCAGAGCCGGCCUAUGAGGCCGACGUGGCUCAGCUGGAGUACAAGCUGGUGGCCGGAGAACACGGUCUGGUGAUCCGACUCAAAGGCUUCAACCACAAACUGCCGCUGCUGUUGAAGCUGAUCGUGGAUCAUCUGGCAGAGUUCAGUGCCGACCCGGGCGUCUUCACCAUGUUCUCCGAGCAGCUGAAGAAGACCUACUUCAACAUCCUCAUCAAACCAGAGAGGCUCGGCAAGGACGUUCGUCUGUUGAUCCUGGAGCACUGUCGCUGGUCGGUCAUUCAGAAGUAUCAGGCCGUCAUGAAGGGUCUGACAGUCGAUGACCUCCUGACCUUUGUCAGCGGGCUGAAGGCGGAGCUGUACACUGAGGGGCUGGUGCAGGGAAACUUCACCAGCACGGAGUCCAAGGAGUUUCUGCAGUACUUUAUUGAUAAGCUGCAGUUCCAGCCUCUGUCAGCAGAGGUCCCUGUGUUGUUCCGGGUGGUGGAGCUGCCUCAGAAACAACAUCUCUGUAAAGUCAAAUCUCUCAACAAAGGAGACGCCAACUCUGAGGUCACCGUCUACUACCAGUCGGGGCUGAAGAACCUCAGAGAACACGCUCUGAUGGAGCUGAUGGUGAUGCACAUGGAGGAGCCCUGCUUCGACUUCCUCAGGACGAAGGAGACACUGGGGUACCAGGUGUACCCGACCUGCAGGAACACCUCAGGGGUGCUGGGAUUCUCCGUCACCGUGGAAACACAGGCCACCAAGUUCAGCACAGAGUUCGUCGAGGCGAAGAUCGAGGAGUUCCUGGUCAGCUUCGGUGAGCGUUUGUCGAGUCUGAGCGAGGAGUCCUUUAGAACCCAGGUGACGGCGCUCAUCAAGCUGAAGGAGUGUGAGGACGCCCACCUGGGAGAGGAAGUGGACCGCAACUGGUUUGAGGUCGUCACACAGCAGUACGUCUUCAAGAGGCUCAACAAGGAGAUCGAGGCCCUGAAGUUCUUCACUCAGGAGGAGCUGGUCUCCUGGUUCCUGGAGCACAGAAACAACAGCAGGAAGCUCAGCGUACAUGUGGUCGGUUACGGUGUGGAGGAGAACGACCCCGCGGAGCAGAGUGGCGCCUGCAGCACAGACAGCCCUGACAACCCUCCCUCCUCGGCCUACGGCGAAGUGAGCGAGCUAACCUUCCUGCCGAUUUCCUCGCCGUUGCUCCAGGACGUCACGCUCGUCUCCGACAUCAGAGGGUUCACCUCCUCCCUGCCCCUCCACCCCUACCACAAAAUCCUCAGCUAGGUCGCUGCGAACCGACGGAGACGCGUCCCCCGCUGUCUAUCUCUCUAAUAAAGUAACCAUGGCAACAGCUAGCAUUGAUGUUUGAUCGAAGAGGACACUGUUAGGACGGACAGAAACUGAGGAACAUUUCGUGUUUUAGUUAUUUUGUUUUAUGUGAGUGGUUGUAAUAAUGCUGCAUUCACACCCUGUGGGGAAAAAGUGUAACUCUGGGCCUGUAUUUAUAAAGCAUCCCAUAAUCCCUCCUAGAAACCAGAAGAGUGCUGCAGGAAUGAGUCCUAAAACCUGAAACCUAACAAAGUCAAUGGGGUUUUAGUUAGAUGCCUGAAAUAAGGUCUGUGGUUAACACAAGCUUGAGAGUUUUAACGUUUUGUUCUAUGACAAAAUUCGCCAGUAAAUACCUCAUUUAUUCAUUUUGAAGCAUUUAAGAGGCUUUUUCUUUGUCUAAAUGAGAUCUCCCGACAACUACAGAGGUUGUCGGGAGAUUUAUCUACUCUCUAGUCCGCCUUUACUGCCUCGUUGUGUUUAUACUCGCGCUUAAUUAAAACUGCAAGCAGCAAUAAACUUGAUGAACGGUAAAAACAAAGCAGAUACAUAACAUAUCAUCAUGACCAUCUUAAGGGUCUUCUGACCACAUUUCAGCUGGAUCUGGUCAAUCUACUCGUAGUAGUGCAUGAAAGAAUAAAACCUGACAUUUCCUGUUGCCUGCAGAUAUUCAGUCGGAGUGAUAGCCCCCCUCGCUAUCACUACGAGGUAGAUGUGCUCGAGGCUGUUUCUUGGCGAAAGAUUGAAAUUCUGCAUUUUUUUUUUUUAAAUUGUCAACUUCCUGUUAGGUUUUGGGAAUGAGUCUUUGAGGAUUUUUUGUUGGUCUGGACAUGAUCUACGUACGUACAGAUUUUCAUACAUAUCGGUUAAAUGUGGCGAUGUUGAACCAUUUUACCGUGCCCGUGCGAGACCCAUUUUACAUUGCGGCUGCCAAAAAUGAAACCAAAAACAUUGCUGUAAGUCUGCAUCGUGUCGUAGUUCUUCAGGUUUAGGUGAGCAAUCUGAGAGAGGGGCUAAAAUACAAUAAACAUUUCCAGGAUCAUAGAGAUCUUAACUCAUUCCCAGGUCUCUAAAAGUCUCUAAAUUCCCUGAUACACCCGACCGUGGUGUAGUUAGCUUUUUACUUAAAAAAAAAAAAAGUGUUGCUGAAUAAAAUGUGUAAGUAUCAUAAACCUUUGUUCAUCACAGAGAUUAUUUUCUGCAAUUAUCCAAAAUCCAAUGGAACAGUCCCAUUGGUUGAUGCUAACUUCAGGGUUGGACUACAAAACUACAUCAUCCCUGCAGCUCUCUAUGGGAAAGUGAAUGUUUUAAUGCAGAUAAUAGCGUCACACUAACCCCUUUCUUAUGUAGCGCAAAUGUGUAGCUUACAGAAUAUAUGCAAAACUAUGAGGCCAACAUCGACCCGUGCUCAGACCUUAUGACUGUUACCAGGAGAGACGUUCAGUCGGCACCAAGUUUCUCGGUUUAGACAAGAAAGAAAAAAAGCAAUUUAAAUGCAGGCGAUAUGGCUUUAAAAUAAUUUUAGAUACUAAUCUAAGAUUUAAUCUUACUAAAACUUCUCAUAUAGGAUACUAUAGGAAAAUAAUUCUACAUGUUCUGUGUAGAUAAGUGGUUUGGGGUGUGUUUUACAGUUAGUAUAUUCCUCCAUUAUAACAUCCACUGUUUAAAUCACAAUGUUAUGAUUCUAACACACAAUUACUGUAGUUACACACAUAAAACAGAAGAAAAUAAACCUCCAGCACGAGCUGGAAGAACAAGUUAAGAAUGAAUCGGGGCGCAGGCCCGAAGGCAAAAAAAUAUUUCAAUACAUUUAAAUUUGUACAGAUUUCUCUCACGUAGGAUGUCUGAGCAUUUACUCAUUAGCUAUAAGACGUUUACUCGAAAGUAACCUAAAUAUACAGAAAUAUUAAAAUGUAUACAGAAAAAGUGGGUUCCAGGAAUUACAAUAUUUUAUAAAUGUGAACUUCAGUUGACAUGGAACAAUUAAAUAUUAAGCUCAUAAUUAUCAAUAAACCCCAUAAACACUCCAUCUCCUGCUCCAUUGAACAGGAAGUAUACUGACUCAGUUGGGACGGAUCAGCUGCUCUAAGAUGCUCGAUAAAUACAGGCCCUGAGCACGAAUAGUGUCUUUGAUCUUCAGCUUAGUUUGCUGAGUAUGAGGAAUAAUAUGUUUGUUGUUACUGUGAAAAAGCUGAAGCAACCAAAGUACAGAAAACUACAAUCAUGGCAUCUUGACGGAUUGAAUUAAGUCUUGACUGUUUCCUUGUUGCUUUUAACUGUGAAAUGAUUAGUUCGAUUAUUCCCGGGUGAAGUGAAUGCAGCGCGAUGACUCAGGGCUCUGGUUUUAAAUAAAAAGUCCAUUAUGAACGACAACAAGAAGGGCAGAACUAUCACUUUAAUGUCACAUCAGCCAGUAUCACUGAAAAAACCAACUGCUAUGUUUUUAUUUAUCAGAUAUGAGUUAACUUACUGAAAUCAUGGAGGAUGUAUGUGAGGAAGUAACUGUAUAGACUAACUGGAUCCGAUGGCCAGUGAUACACAACUGUGAUGUGUUUGAACUCAGAAUGUACUGCAGUAGUUUGUGGAGGCUGGACAGUGCCCCCAAAAUUAUUUUAAUCAAUGCUAUUUGCAUUUCAGCAACAAUUAAAAAUACCUUAUUAACUACUUCA